AAAGAGCUUUUGGAAAAAAAAAAAAAUUAGAAACAUCAGCUUCUUCUAAAACCUGAAAAAACCAGAAACAUUUUGACGUUUCUUGAAUUUUAAUGCAGCGAGAGCAUUGAUCUCAAUCUUCCAAAAAUGGGACACACAAGCGGUGAAUUCCUGGAAUAUCAGCGGGGAACCAUGCACCGGAACUGCUCUGAGCCAAGAGGACACCGUUUUCGAAGAUCCUUCCAACAAUCCGGCCAUCAGAUGAGAGUGUAUGCACUGAACAAACAAGGGGUGUUACCGGAGGAGCUUUUGGCUCUCAAAUACUUAACCUUUCUGAAGAUCGAUCAAAAUUAUUUCACCGGUCCCUUGCCGUCAUGGAUUGGGAAUAUGUCUACAUUGAUGUUGUUGUCUAUUGCCCACAAUGCAUUCUCUGGGCCCAUUCCUAAGGAGCUUGGAAAUCUUAAGGAGCUAACUAUGCUAUCCUUUGGUAUAAAUAAUUUCUCUGGAACGCUCCCACCUGAACUUGGUAAUUUGGUCAAACUAGAACAAAUUUACAUUGACAGCAGUGGAGUUGGUGGUGAAAUUCCCUCAACAUUUGCUAAACUUCUAAACAUGCAAACCAUGUGGGCAUCAGACAAUCCUUUCACAGGCAAGAUACCUGAUUUCAUUGGCAACUGGACAAAGCUUACAUCAUUGAGAUUUGAAGGAAACUCCUUUGAAGGUCCUAUACCAUCUAGUUUUUCUAAAUUAACCUCUCUAAAUUCUCUGCGUAUCAAUGGUUUAUCCAAUGUGAGCUCUUCUCUUGAUUUCAUAAGAAAUUUAAAGAAUUUAACUGACUUAAUUUUAAGAAAUGCAUUAAUUACUGGUAGUAUUCCAUCUGAUAUUGGAGAACUCCAAGCUUUACAAAAACUGGAUUUGAGUUUCAAUAACUUGACAGGCCAAAUUCCAAGUGCUUUGUUCAACAUAAAUUCUCUUACAUACUUGUUUCUUGGAAAUAAUAGUCUGUCUGGUACCAUCCCUAGCCAAAAGAGUGAAAACCUAAUGAAUAUAGAUUUAUCUUACAAUUUUUUGUCUGGAAGCUUUCCCUCAUGGGUGAACACAAACUUACAACUGAAUCUAGUAGCCAACAACUUCAUAUUUGACAAUUCAAACAAAAGAAUUGCAUUGCCUUCAAAGAAGCUUCCCAUGCAACAGGAACUCUCCACUCUAAAGAAACUUCAAGUAGAGGUGAAGAGGCAUAGACAAUUGUAUUUUAGAGUGUUCUUAGACUCUCAGUGGCAAAUUAUCCAUUUCUACUUCUCUAAUGCAAAUUUCUCAAUCAAGUGUGGUGGCCCAGAGAUGACCGCUGAUGGGAAAAAAUAUGAGGCUGAAAACUCUUCUCUUGGCAUAGCAUCGUUUAAUGUAAUCAGUACUGAGAAAUGGGCAGUUAGCAAUGUGGGUUUGUUUUCUGACAGAAAAAAUGUACUCUAUGUGCAGUACACCUUGGCACAAGUGAGAAACACAAACUCACCGGAGCUUUAUCAGACUUCAAGGAUAUCCCCCGGAUCACUCAGAUACUAUGGCCUAGGCCUAGAGAAUGGGCCUUAUACAAUUAACUUGCUUUUUGCAGAAACAGCUUUUGAUGAUCGAAGCAAACAAACUUGGAAGAGUCUGGGAAGGCGAGUUUUUGAUAUUUAUAUUCAGGGAACCAUUGUAUUGAAGGAUUUUGACAUAUCAAAAGAGGCAGGUGGGGUUGAGAGAGCAAUCAUUAAGAAUUUCACUGCUACUGUGACAGAGAACCAUCUUGAAAUUCACCUGUUCUGGGCUGGUAAGGGAACUUGCUGCAUACCAGAUCAAGGUUACUAUGGACCAUCCAUUUCAGCAAUUAGCGUGGUAUCAAAUUUCCCACCAACUGUAAGUGGGAUUCCCCCAUAUACAGCAAAAGAGAAGAGGACUGGGUUGAUUGUUGCUGUUGCAGUUCCUGUCGGAGUUGUCACCUUCUCCUUGAUAUUGAUAUUUGUAGUCUUUUACUUGAGAAGGAGAAAAGAUGAUGAUGGGGAAGAGCUUCUUGGAAUAGGACCCAGACCAAACACCUUCAGUUAUGCUGAGUUGAGAGCUGCAACAGAUGACUUCAGUCCCUCUAAUAAGUUAGGAGAAGGGGGAUUUGGUCCUGUAUACAAGGGUAAACUUUCUGAUGGGCGGGUAGUAGCUGUGAAGCAGCUUUCUGUAGCAUCUCACCAAGGGAAGAAUCAAUUUGUUACUGAGAUUGCUACCAUAUCUGCAGUGCAACAUCGCAACCUUGUUAAACUGUAUGGAUGCUGCAUCGAAGGAAACAGACGCCUCCUUGUUUAUGAGUAUCUUGAGAACAAAAGCCUUGACCAAGCACUCUUUGGUAUGACUGAACAAGUUAUUUGCUCCCUUUUAGCCUUUAUGUGGGAAAAUGAAACAGGAAAUAAAGACUUGCAUCUUGAUUGGCCAACUCGCUUCAGUAUCUGCCUGGCAAUUGCUAGGGCACUAGUUUAUCUUCAUGAGGAGUCAAGGCCAAGGAUCAUACACAGAGACGUGAAGGCAAGCAACAUUUUGCUUGAUGCUGAGCUCUGUCCGAAAAUAUCUGACUUUGGAUUGGCAAAGCUAUAUGAUGACAAGAAAACUCACAUCAGCACUCGUGUUGCAGGAACCAUUGGCUAUUUGGCACCAGAGUAUGCAAUGCGUGGCCACCUCACUGAGAAGGCAGAUGUCUUUAGCUUUGGUGUUGUUGCUUUGGAAAUUCUCAGUGGAAGACUAAACUCUGACAACAGCCAGGACAAUGGCAAGAUCUAUCUUCUUGAAUGGGCAUGGACUCUCUAUGAAAGCAACCAAAGUCUAGGUCUGGUGGAUCCAACCCUAGUGGAGUUUGAUGAAAAUGAAGCUUUAAGAAUGAUAGGAGUGGGACUCCUGUGCACCCAAGCAUCCCCAAUGAUGCGACCACCCAUGUCAAGGGUUGUAGCUAUGCUUGCUGGGGAUAUUGAAGUGAGCCCUGUUGCAUCAAAACCAAGUUAUUUAACUGACUGGGAUUUUAAGGACAUAACAGCCAGCUUGGAGGCUGAAAACUCACCAUCUACUGGGUCUGAGCACAGUGAUAACAAGAACAAGAACAAUCUUAAUCCAAAGAAAGAGCUGGUGCCUUCUCCAUUAAAUGUCACUGAAUUCAGUGACAUUAUUGGGGAAGGAAGGUGAGAGAUGCUCUUCUUAAAAGCUCCAUUUUGCUACUUCUCUUCUAUCUUGCCACAUAUUUUCUAGCUCUAUAAAGUAGAUACUGAAAUUGUGUGAAUUUCUGUAAUUCAUACCACUUAUAUGUUGAUCAUUUCUGUGUGUGUAAAUAUUGGCUUGCAAUAAGGCUGCUGUGUUUGU